CCCGUGCAGCUCCGGGCUCCAACUCCGUUUAACGGAAUUCAUGGACCUACACCCUAUGCCUGCUCCUCUUUAACGGGCUGCAGAGGCUGAAUCAUCGCGAGACACGAUCCUCAACCCCCACUGCGUAAUGUCUUUUGGCACCAACACAAAAACGGGCUUUUCCGUGCGGGACAUCCUGGAUCUCCCAGACCCCACAGGGAGAUACGGCUCCGGGACCGAGGAGACCGAGGAGGACGACCCCGAGGAGGCCUCCGUGGAGGUUUCAGGCUCGGAACUCGGGCAGAAAUUGGGAUUUAGCGGCCGGAGAUUGUGCGGGUGCGACGGUGGAAGCUACGGCAGGUGGAGCCGCGGAUCCGGUAACCUUCACUUCUCAUUACACGAUAUUUCCAUGGAGUCCCGUUCCGAUCCUAAAUCCCCCGAGCUCUCCACGGAUAAGUCCCCGGACGCGGCAGGCGGCGCGGCGCAGAAGAGCCGCGGCAGGAAGCGGAGGGUGCUCUUCUCCAAGGCACAGACCUUCGAGCUCGAGCGCCGCUUUCGGCAGCAGCGCUACCUGACCGCCCCGGAGAGAGAGCACCUGGCCAGGUUGAUCCGCCUCACCCCGAACCAGGUGAAGAUCUGGUUCCAGAACCACCGCUACAAGCUGAAGCGCGCGGAGCACAGUUUGGAGGCGCUGCAACAGCUGCUUCCGGCUCGCCGCCUCGCCAUCCCGCUCCUGGUUCGCGACGGGAAGCCCUGUGAGCCAAUCACAGCGCAGGACCUGGAGGUGACGCUUAGGUCCGGCCUGGGCCUGCCUCUGUGCGCCUACUCCACGCUGCUGCAGCCCGCAUACGGCCCGGAGAGGCCCGGGCUGCCGCAGCAGCUGGCGCACAUGUACCACUGGAGCUGGUGAGACUUUAACUGAGGGACUCCGAUCCUAAAACACUAACAGGUCUACAAAAUAAGCUCGGCUUCGGCCUGAUAAUAAUUGUUUAAAUUCGCAAAAUAACCUCCCUCAAACGAUAAAAGCCACUGUUCGAAAAGUGACAAAUUCGAUGUUUUUUUGAAUGGGGUUUGGUUUAAGUCAGGAUUUCUUUUCCCGGAAGAAAAUAGUCUUUUCCAGAAAGGAUGUCUGUCCUGAAACAAGGAAGAAUAAAACACAAGAACAUUUUUAAGUUUAAGUAUUUUUAAAAACACACCGGGCUGUCGCAGCAGCAGCUGGCUCACAUGCAGGCCCACCACUGGACCUGGGGAAACGUUUACUGAGGGACUUAUUUCCAAAAACACUUAGAAGUCCACAUUAUAAUCUCGGGUUUGGCCUGAAAAUGAUUGUUUAAAUUUGCAAGAUAACCAAGAUAAGAAGUCCACGUAAAUAAGAAGAAAUCCACAUAAAUUAGAAGUCCACAUAUAUAAGAAAUCCACAUAAAUGAAGUCCAGAUAAAUAAGAAAUCCACAUAAGUGAGAAGUCCACAUAAAUAAGAAAUCCACAUAAAUAAGAAAUCCACGUAAAUAAGAAGAAAUCCACAUAAAUUAGAAGUCCACAUAUAUAAGAAAUCCACAUAAAUGAAGUCCAGAUAAAUAGGAAAUCCACAUAAAUAAGAAGUCCACAUAAAUGAAAUCCACAUAAAUAAGAAGUCCACAUAAAUAAGAAGUCCACAUAAAUAAGAAGUCCACAUAAAUAAAAAGUCCACUUAAAUAGGAAAUCCACAUAAAUAAGAAGUCCACAUAAGUAAGAAGUCCACAUGAAGGAUCUUGUGUUCGGCCUUAAUUACUUAAAUUCUCUAAUGUUGUGCAUGAUUCAGAAAAGGUCUCGAUUCGAUUACAUAUCGAUUUUUAGGCUCAAGAUUCGAUUAAAAAACAAUUCUCAAU